ACUUUUCUUAAAAGAAAAUUUUGCUCUGUGUACUAUCCUUCACUAAACAGUGCAAGGAGAACAAAUUCGGGAAAGAUUUUCCUCUUUUUAUACCGUAAAACAGUGUUUUUGCUAUCGUUUGUUGUGUUUUCCUUGCUAUUGAAAUAUCCAUCUUGCGUUGGUGCAUGAAUCUGUUGAGUGCAAGGCAUUGUAAAGAACAGGAAAUCUAAGAAAACUUCAGGAAGCAGCUCAUCUGGAUUUCCAAUGUCUAGAUUAAACUCUCAUGGAGCGACGGGGCUACGGAAUAUUAACCUGGAAGAGAUAUGGGCCGACCUGGAGGGAGGCAUAAAACAGGUGUAUAAACAAGAGCAAAGCCUGAGCCCCGCCCGUUAUAUGCAGCUUUACACCCAUGUAUACAAUUACUGCACUAGCGUUCAUCAACAACCGGCUAACCGGCAGUCUUCAUCCAAGGUCUCCAAGAAAGGAACGGCAAUUCCUUCUGGCGGCGCUCAGCUCGUCGGUCAGGAGUUGUACAAGCGAUUGAAGGAGUUUCUCGAAUGCUAUCUGAUCAAACUGCAGGAAAAUGGCAUCGACCUUAUGGACGAGGAAGUCUUGAGCUUCUACACGAAGCGAUGGGAAGAGUACCAGUUUUCGAGCAAAGUGUUGAAUGGCGUUUGCGCCUAUCUCAACCGGCACUGGGUGAAACGUGAGUGCGAAGAAGGUCGCAAGGAUGUGUACGAAAUCUAUCAGCUAGCAUUGGUGACGUGGCGCGGAAACCUGUUCAAACAGCUGAACAAACAGGUGACCAACGCGGUCCUGAAGCUGAUCGAGCGGGAGCGUAAUGGGGAAACCAUCAACUCACGUUUGGUGUCCGGUGUGAUUAACUGCUACGUCGAGUUGGGACUGAACGAAGAAGAUCCGAACGCGAAGGGACAGAACCUUUCCGUUUACAAGGAAAGUUUCGAAAAUAUCUUCCUGGAGGAUACCGAAAUGUUCUACACUCGCGAAAGUGCGGAAUUCCUGCGGGAGAAUCCCGUAACCGAAUACAUGAAGCGCGUGGAGCUACGACUGAAUGAGGAACAGAAGCGUGUGCAGGUGUACUUGCACGAAAGCACUCAGGACCGAUUGGCCAAGACGUGCGAGCGAGUGCUGAUCCAGAAACAUUUGGAACAGUUCCGCACUGAGUUCCAAAACUUGCUUGAUUCUGACAAGAAUUCCGAUCUGCGCCGCAUGUAUUCGUUGGUGGCUCGUAUAACAGAGGGCCUGGUGGAAUUGAAGGCAAUUCUGGAAACCCACAUCCACAACCAAGGCCUGGCCGCAAUUGCCAAGUGUGGUGAAGCUGCGUUGAACGAUCCCAAAAUCUACGUCCAAACCAUCCUGGAGGUUCACAAGAAGUACAAUGCACUGGUACUUACCGCAUUCAACAAUGACAGUGGAUUUGUGGCUGCCCUGGACAAAGCAUGCGGUAAAUUCAUCAACACAAACGCUGUUACGGAGGCCAGUAAGAGCGCAAGCAAGAGUCCGGAACUGUUGGCCAAGUACUGUGAUUUACUGCUGAAAAAGUCCAGCAAAAACCCAGAGGAAGCCGAGCUGGAGGACACCCUGAAUCAAGUGAUGGUUGUCUUCAAAUACAUCGAAGACAAGGACGUGUUCCAGAAGUUCUACAGUAAGAUGCUGGCCAAGCGCCUCUGUCAUCACAUGUCCGCCAGCGACGAUGCCGAAGCGUCGAUGAUUUCCAAACUGAAGCAGGCCUGCGGGUUCGAGUACACCAGCAAGCUGCAGCGGAUGUUCCAAGACAUUGGAGUUUCGAAGGAUCUCAACGAACAAUACAAAACGUACGUCAAGGGACUGCGUGAGGCAACCAGGCAACAAACGGGCAAUGAAAUCGAUUUUAGCAUACUGGUGCUUUCCAGUGGCUCCUGGCCAUUCAAUCAGAGUUUCACGUUUUCACUUCCAUUUGAGCUGGAGCAAUCUGUACAUCGAUUUAACAGCUUUUACGCCAAGCAACAUUCCGGACGAAAGCUCAACUGGUUGUACAACAUGUGUCGCGGUGAGCUGAUCACAAACUACUUCCGAAUGCGGUACACUCUUCAGGCCAGUACGUUCCAGAUGGCCGUCUUACUACAGUUCAACGAACAAGAAUCGUGGACUAUUCAACAGUUGAGUGAGAAUACCGGCAUCAAUCAUGAAAAUCUGAUCCAGGUAUUGCAGAUUCUGCUUAAGACGAAACUACUUCAAUCAUACGACGAUGAAGCCAAUCUCCAGCCUGCCUCUUCUGUGGAACUGAAUCAGGGAUUCAAAAACAAAAAACUUCGCAUCAACAUCAACUUCCCCCUUAAGACAGAACUGAAGGUAGAGCAGGAGGCGACUCACAAACACAUCGAAGAGGAUCGCAAGAUUCUGAUACAGGCAGCGAUCGUGAGAAUCAUGAAAAUGCGCAAGGCUCUGAACCACACCCACCUUGUCGGAGAAGUUCUGAAUCAACUGUCGACACGUUUCAAGCCCAAGGUCCAGGUGAUCAAGAAAUGCAUCGAUAUUCUGAUAGAGAAGGAAUAUCUCGAACGUCAAGAAGGACAGAAAGACACAUACAGCUAUCUGGCUUGAUCAGUUUCCAGAAUACUCUUUGUAGCUAUCUAAAUAACUUCAUAAAGUAUAGUACCGAAUGUAGAAAAGAAUUAAUCUGUUAAAAUACACUCACAACAAAUGUGAAAAUUUCAUUGCUGUUCUGUGGAUGUAAAGCAAAAAACAUCAGGGAACACUAUGAAUACAUGUUCAUACAAUUUCUUGAAACUAUACCAAUUCAACGAUCGGAAAUAGUGUUUGCGUUUUGCGGCUUAGAUUUUUUUACAUUAUUAAACGUAUUUAGUGCACGGGUUAUUCUCUCUCAUUCAAAAGGAUGUUUUGUUCCUACAUAGAAUCAAAUUGUAUAGAUUCACAAUUAGCAGGAAAAAUUCAGAUCUUAAAACAAAAGAGAAUCUAGCAAAAUUUUGUUAUGCCUUUUUGAAGUUUUUUUUUUACUUUUAUUCUAUUGACAAAUGAAAAGAUACAAGUGUUGCAAUGUUUCAAAAACGUCAUUGGAAUUAUCACGAGACGUAGCGCAAACACUUGUAACCAUCCAUUUUAGAGUUAUUAGACGUAGAUUUCCGUGCUUGAGUUGUACAUAAAACAGCUUGGAUGAAUUCGAGUCGCUGCUUAGCUGUUCAUUUCGACCAUAUGAUCGUCAUAAAACCGACUGGAAAAAUCUGUUCAGAACUCAGAAAAAUACC